ACAGUUGCCCAACAAUAAGAAGCUGUCCUGUGGAGACAACUUCACAGACACAAUGAGAAUGCUGUCGUCGCGUCUCAGUAUUCCCGAUUGUCCCAAUUGCAAUUAUCGGAGAAGGUGCACGUGUGACGACUGCAGCCUCUCGCACAUCCUGACGUGCGGUAUCAUGGACUCGCCCAUUUCAGAGGACCUGCCCAUCAAGCUGCCCCUGCAGGGCGACGCCCCACCGCGGGACUACCUGGCCCAGGUGCACCCGCCCAGCCUCUCCUCGGGCAGCUCGCCGUCGGGCUCCAACUCAAGCUCCCCCAUCACCGUCCAGCGGCAUCCCCGACUCGUCCUACCUGCCGGGGAUGGCAACACUUUGUGAGUCCGCAACAUUGUUCGACAAAUUUCAAUUAUAGUUUGCCAUGAAAUAAACAAUUGAAAAUGAAA